CAAAAUUGUCCUCUCUAGGGAAGAUAUUGAUGCACUUGGACUGGGCAAGUGUUUAUCUGAAAGUGAGUGAGAAGGUUGGGGGAGCUGAAGGAACCAAGCUAGAUGAUGACUUCAAAGAAAUGGAAAGGAAAGUGGAUGUCACCAGUAGGGCUGUGAUGGAAAUCAUGACGAAAACAAUCGAAUACCUUCAGCCUAAUCCAGCUUCCAGAGCCAAACUCAGCAUGAUCAAUACCAUGUCCAAAAUCCGGGGCCAGGAGAAGGGGCCGGGCUACCCGCAGGCAGAAGCCCUCCUCGCAGAGGCCAUGCUCAAGUUUGCCAGAGAGCUCGGGGACGAGUGCAACUUCGGCCCAGCGCUGGGUGACGUUGGGGAGGCCAUGCGGGAGCUCUCGGAGGUCAAAGACUCAUUGGACAUGGAAGUGAAACAGAACUUCAUUGACCCUCUUCAGAACCUCCAUGACAAAGAUCUGAGGGAAAUCCAGCAUCACCUGAAAAAGCUCGAGGGGCGCCGCCUGGACUUCGAUUACAAGAAGAAGCGACAAGGCAAGAUUCCCGAUGAGGAGCUCCGUCAAGCCCUGGAGAAGUUUGACGAGUCCAAAGAGAUCGCCGAGUCCAGCAUGUUCAACCUGCUGGAAAUGGACAUUGAACAGGUCAGCCAGCUCUCUGCGCUCGUGCAAGCCCAGCUGGAGUACCACAAGCAGGCGGUGCAGGUGCUUCAGCAGGUCACCGUUCGGCUGGAAGAAAGGAUAAGGCAAGCUUCCUCCCAGCCUCGAAGGGAAUAUCAGCCCAAACCUCGAAUGAGCCUGGAGUUGCCACCUAUGGAUAGUGUGCAGCCCAACGGGGGCCUCUCCAACACAGGCACCCCAAAACCCUCAGGUGUCCAGAUGGAUCAGCCCUGCUGCCGAGCUCUGUACGACUUUGAACCUGAAAAUGAAGGGGAGUUGGGUUUCAAAGAGGGUGAUAUAAUCACGCUCACCAACCAAAUUGAUGAGAACUGGUAUGAGGGGAUGCUGCACGGCCAGUCUGGCUUCUUCCCCAUCAAUUAUGUGGAGAUUUUGGUUGCCCUGCCCCAUUAGGAUGUCAUGUUGGCUGGCUCACUUCCUCUUGGCCCGGAUAGUUAAGUUAACCACUGCUUUGGUAAUGCUGCUUACAACACAUCCCAAGUGCAGACCGCAGUGGUCCAAGUCAUCAAGCCCCACCGAGUAUCUCUGGUUGACUUGUGCAAUCCCACAAGGGUCAUGGUGAUGGAUGGUAUCUUCUUAGCCUGGUGGGGAUGGCAUGUGCUUUUUAAACACCAUCCGAGACCAGCCAGUAGUCACAGAACUACUGUGCACCCAGCUCUCAGGAGGCAGUGGCUUCGUACAAAACAACUGUGAGCCACAUCAUAAAAACCAUCCCCUUAAAGAUACCAUCUAUCACCUGGAGCCCACCUUGAGGUCUCAGGUCCUCCAUGUAAAGAGGAGAAGGUCCCUGCUUUCUCAUUUCCCCUCCCAGACUUGUGAGUCACAGCAUUGUCAAAGAAAGUCUCCCUCACCAGCAAACCGGCUUCUGGUUCGACUGAGUUGGUCUCUUGCUGUAUCGGUAGCAGUGUUGAGCUUGGGCUCAAAGCUGCCUCUGAAAGCAGUCUCCUGUGCUUUCCUCGCGUCCGCCUGUUUCUGAGGUGCCAACAGUCUGUCUCUCGCGCCUGCUGUCACUGGGCUUAGGGAGUCCCCUUCUCAUUUCUAAGUAUCAGCGUAUUAUGGGAGGAACAUCCGGAAAGAAAAAACUUCUUCCUGAGGAGGAUUUGGGAAGAGAUCUGGUUUCGAAGCUUAAAGUUCUUUCUCUACAGAAAGAAAAUCUGAAGGGUACAAGGAAAAGGGAACGAUUCUCUUCACCUCACGUUUAUUUAUUAAUUGUGUCUCAUGAUCCGUUUGGUACAGAGACACAGGAAGAAGAAAACAAAAACACUAGAAACCACCCCCCUCCCCCCUCCCCCUAGUUCACAGACCAAGAACCAGUAACCUUUCUCCUGUCCACUUUGACCUUGUGUUCUUUGAGCAUCAUUUGUGCAUAUUCUGCCCUCAAUGAGGACCAAAUAAAGAGACUUUUCGUGCUUAGCAGUUGAAGACAUGUGGCUGCGGAUGCAAAACCUCUCCCCUCAAUUCAGUUGUUGACUUUUACCUCUCUCCCUCCCACCCCGCCUUCCUUCGUUUUAGUGCGCGUACAGUGCUGUGCGUACCUGUCUCUGUGUUUUCUUUGGUACCAGUCCCUGACGCCCUGUUUGUAGCCCAGAGUUCUAUUUAUCUAGCUGUACAGACUCUCAAAGGUUUCAUGUGCUGCUUCGGAGAUGUGCCUCCUGCGGUAGUGGAUCACGUGGCGUGAAAGGCAAACCUCCCUGCUUAAUGUAUAAACUCUUACCAUGGGCAGCAUUGCUGUGUCCAAUAAAUAUUGCUGAGGACAGAA